CUCUCGAGCCAUAUCAAGGGGGCGGAUUCCAGGGCCAUCGGAAAAUAUAUGAUUUUAGUAGAAUUUGUGCCUCCUGCUACUUCGAUAGCGGUCGAGUAGAUCCGUAGCCAUUGUCUGGGAUCAUGUUUGCCAUCGUACUUCUUCAGGUUCUGCAUGUUCACUGGGUUGAAACCAGUCGGGUACUCGGCGUAAUUUAUGUUAUGGCUGAAGGCCGGGAAACGGUCGGUUUCAUCAACGAGUCGAUCGUGACGUUUGGCGUUGAUGAAGUCCCGUAUGUCAUUAGGGUAGCGGCCGUGACUUAUCGAAGGACCAGCAUGGUAACUUUCAUCCUGAUAGCUAGGCCGGGGUUGGUCACGCGGGUUGUCGCCUUGAUUUGCUCCCUGGUGGCCCUUCUGUUUAGCAGGGGUUCGACUAUUGUGGGAAAUGGAUGGAGCCGGGUUCUGUCUCCCCAUCUGACGCAAGGCAUCUCUGGUCAAACGUUGAAUUUCACGAAUUUGAGGAGUGUCCGGCAGAGCCUGCAUUAAUAUAGCUGCCUCGGCCAGGUUGAUCAAAGAACCGUCGAAUGCAUUGUUGUCUGCUUCAUCCAAGUCCUGUCGCAAGUUUCGCGGUCCGUGCUGAGUUGGAGUGCGCUGAGCUCGAGCAGUUGCGUUCCUUCUGCGAGUGGCACGGCGACGGUUGCGUCGUCGCCGGUUUUCCUUGUCUUGUUGGGACUGACAGCUCGUCGUCUGAAAUUUGGUCGAGACUCUCGUUGGCAUACCGAUCUGCCUAGGAGCAGAGUGCACUCUCUUCUCCAUGAAGCGAGACGUACACCUGUCUGUCCGGGGUCGAGUGAGUCAUGUUGUAGUCGACCAAAGCGGUGUCGCCGAUUUCUUCCUCUCUGACUGGAGAAAGGGGUUUGCCUGGCUGGUAAGGUAGAUCCCAUAGGCAAGCUACCAGUCGGGCAUUGUUGACAUAAUCUGCGGAUUCAGAGUCCUUCCAGAAGACGAAUCGGCUUUGAGGCGUAGCCAAGAUGGUCAGACCUUGGCAAUCAGAUGAAUCCAAGUCGAGGUCAAAGUCAUCGUCCGAGUCCGGGUAAGAGUCGAACAGGGGAGGAGUUCGAGUCCCAGUCCGGUCCCAUUGGCGGGAAAGUGCUGAAUAUGACAUGGCAGAAUUCUUCAGUCCGAAAGGAAAGCGAGUUGGCAUCGAGUCCGAUAAGGACAAGCUCUCAAUUUCCUUAGCGAUUCCGGAAAGAAGGAUCUCGGCGGAAGUGAUUUCGCCGAGUUGUUCUCGCCGGAGUGUUUCUGUGCUCGCGGGGUCGAUCAGAUGGCUUGAGAAACCUCCUGAACUGUUGGUGAUGCAGACCCACGAGCCGAAAACGAAGGUGAUUCCGGCGUCGAUUGCUGGGAAACUGAAUUCGAAGGAUGCCAUCGAAUUCUUCUGUUGAUCUUUGGCGAGAGGCCCCACGGUGGGCGCCAGCUGUCGGUGUUUUACCGUCGAGUUCUCCAAGGGGUAUCCCAAGGAGAGUGGUUAUGAGUAGGGACUCGCCGAGAUCAGAACGCGAUGGUGCAAGGAAUACAAGGAUUUAAACAGGUUCGGGCCGCCGGAGCGUAAUACCCUACGUCCUGUGUGGUGGUUUGUAUUCCCUAUGAUAUUGUUCGAUGUUUUGGAGGGGUCCCUGCUCGCCUUUAUAUAAUUCGGGGAAGCAAGGCUACAUGGAAAGUCCUAGCCGAGUAUGUUUAGAGUCCUACUCCGGGUGGGUCGGGUAGUUUCCAUAUACGUAGACCAGUUUCACUACUACACGAGUAGUUACAGUUAGAGGCAUGAUGUACCCAUAUAAUACUCCCUAUUCCAAAAUAUUUUAUGCCCAUGAGCAGUCCUACCAUCCCGGGUCUGACAGGGGGCACACGAACAAGUGUUGGCUUUGAUCGGCCAGGUCAACCAACCAACCGGUCAGCACGAUCACGAUCACGAGGCGCACGCUGGCAGGAGUGCCGGAUCCAUCUGGACAGCGUUUUCGAGCAGCAGCUGACCGCUACAGUAGAGACCAGGAACAGGGGAGGUCGUGUUGGUGUGUGGAAUCCAUUCGAGUGGCGAGCAGUACACGCACCCACGGCUCUUGUGUGGGUGGGUGCAUCAUGUUCGCCGCGGAAUCUCUCUCUCACUGUCUCUGCACACGCUCGGGACAUGCAUGAGCUGCUAGGGAGGUGGAGGCGGGGCGCGGCCUGGCCUGGACCACGGGCGGGCGGCAUAGGAACAGCUUGCGACGCGUCCGCCCCUGACCCUGACCGUACCCGGAGCGGAUGAGCCUGCGAAAAGGCGCCACGAAAUGAGGAAGGGAUCAAGAACCAAAUCCAACGCAGACGCAGGGGGGUGCGACAAGUUGCCAGGAGCAGGACACAACAGCUGUACAGCACUGUAGGAGUACCAGCUGCUGUGUUCUCCUCCCUUGGAUUCAAAUCCUGAUAAUCUUUUCAAAAAAAAUUCAAAUCCUGACGGAAGUCAGACAGAUAUCGCUUGCAGGCUUGCAGCCUGUUGGGCUUUGAGCCCAUAGAAUAUGGUGUGAGCUUCUGCAUGUUCUCUUAAAUCAGGCCCAUCAUCCAAGUGAAGGAAACGAAGCGUCGUUGCCACGCGGCCACUCCUCCCCUCCCUCCAAUUCAGGGGAGGAUCGGAAGCCGCGAGCGAUCCAGCAGCACGCUCGCGCGCGAGGGUAACGACGAGACGAGAUCACCACACGGCAGGAAGGGAAGGGAACCAAGGAAAACAUCGGAUGAUCAGGGCGACCCGACCGUGGAUCUGAUCUGAGCUGCUAGCUAGAGACGACGAUCGACACGAGGCGAGAUGCCUCAGGACGACGACGAGAGCAUCGCAUGGGUGGUGGCGGACGGCGACGCGCCGGCGGUGCUGCUCCACGGCAGCCUGGACAUCUGGAUCCACGACGCGCACAACCUCCCCAACAAGGACAUCCUCUCCAAGACCGUGCGCGACCUCAUCUGCAAGUCCAAGUCCUCCGAGGCCAUGACCAGCGACCCCUACGUGACCGUGCAGGUGGCCUCCGCCGUGGUGGCCCGCACCUUCGUCAUCCCCGACGACGAGAACCCCGUCUGGGACCAGCACUUCGUCGUCAACGUCGCGCACCAGGCCGCCGCCGUCAACUUCGUCGUCAAGGACAGCGACGUCGUCGGCGCCGAGCUCAUCGGCGUCGUCUCCAUCCGCGCCGACUGCCUCCAGACCGGCGACAGGGUCGAGGGCACGUACCCGGUCCUCGAGCGCAACGGCAAGGAGUGCGCGCCCGGCGCCGUGCUGCGCCUGUCCGUGCAGUACCUCCCCGUCGCCAGGCUCACCAUGUACCACCACGGCGUCACCCCGGGCCCGGACUUCGCCGGCGUGCCCAGGACAUACUUCCCGCUGCGCCGCGGCGGCAGGGUCACGCUGUACCAGGACGCGCACGUGCCUGACGGGACCCUGCCGGAGAUCAGGCUGGGCAACGGCGCCUGCUACCGCCAGGGCCAGUGCUGGCGCGACGUCUACGACGCCAUAUCCCACGCCAGGAGGCUCAUCUACAUCACCGGCUGGUCCGUCUUCCACACCAUCCACCUGGUGCGCGACGGCACCGGCGGCAUGCCGCUCGGCGAUCUGCUCAGGAGGAAGUCGCAGGAGGGGGUGCGGGUCCUGCUGCUCGUCUGGGACGAUCCCACGUCCCGGAGCGUCCUUGGCAUCAAGAUGGAAGGCUACAUGGGCACGCGGGAUGAAGAGACACGUAGAUUUUUCAAGCAUUCUUCAGUUCAGAUACUGCUUUGCCCACGAUCUGCUGGGAAAAGGCACAGCUGGGUGAAGCAACAGGAAACAGGGACUAUAUUCACUCAUCAUCAGAAAACGGUAAUCGUGGAUGCUGAUGCCGACAACCAUAGAAGGAAGAUCGUUGCUUUUGUAGGAGGCCUUGAUUUAUGUGGAGGGCGAUAUGAUACACCAAGACAUACUCUAUUUCGGACUCUUCAGACAUUUCACAAGGAGGACUAUUACAACCCAAACUUUGCGGUAGAAGAUGCCCGUGGCCCAAGAGAGCCAUGGCAUGACCUGCAUUCCAAGAUCGACGGUCCGGCAGCAUAUGAUGUCCUGAAAAACUUUGAGGAGCGGUGGUUAAAGGCAUCGAAGCGCAGUGGGUCUAAGAAAUUGACGAAAUCACGCAAUGAUACAUUGCUAUGGAUUGAAAAGAUAACUGAUAUUGCAACUAUUGACGAUGAAGUCUAUUCAAAUGACAAUGAUCCAGAGAGAUGGGAUGUUCAGAUUUUCCGAUCAAUUGAUUCGAACUCUGUCAAGGGUUUUCCAAAAGAUCCACGAGAAGCCACCAGUAAGAAUCUUGUUUGUGGGAAAAAUGUACUGAUUGAUAUGAGCGUGCAUACAGCUUAUGUGAAUGCAAUCCGAGGUGCCCAACAUUUCAUCUACAUUGAGAACCAGUAUUUUCUUGGUUCUUCAUUCAACUGGGAUUCGAAUAAAGAUAUCGGUGCUAAUAAUUUGAUACCCAUUGAGAUAGCACUUAAAAUUGCAAACAAGAUUUAUGCUAAUGAGAGAUUCUCAGCAUAUAUAAUAAUCCCAAUGUGGCCUGAGGGUAACCCUACCGGUACUCCUACACAAAGAAUUCUUUACUGGCAGAACAAGACGAUACAAAUGAUGUAUGAGAUAAUUUAUAAGGCGUUGAAGGAAGUAGGACUAGAUGGUAAAUAUGAACCGCAGGAUUACCUGAACUUCUUCUGCCUUGGUAAUCGUGAAGCUGAGGACACUUCUUGCUCUUCCAGCGGAUCAUUCUCAGCCAGCAACCCACAGAAAACAAAACGAAAGAAUACAAUAUGCAGAAUUUAUGUUUCUCGCUCUCUCUCAACUUGGACAAUCAAUCAGGAUCAAUCUCGGAAGAACGGGAGAUUCAUGGUUUAUGUGCACUCGAAAGGAAUGAUUGUGGAUGAUGAGUAUGUGAUCAUUGGGUCGGCUAACAUCAACCAGAGGUCCAUGGAAGGAACUAGGGAUACAGAGAUUGCAAUGGGUGCAUACCAACCACAACACACAUGGGCAAAUACGCUUUCUGCUCCUCGUGGACAGAUUUUCGGGUACAGGAUGUCUCUAUGGGCGGAGCACAUCGGAGCCAUCGAAGAGAGCUUCACCAGGCCGGAAAGCCUGGAGUGCAUGAGGCAGGUGCGGCACAUUGGGCAGAAGAACUGGGAUCAAUUUUUCUCCAGCCAUGUGACUAAGAUGAAGGGACAUCUGCUCAAGUACCCCGUUAGUGUCGAUCCCGAAGGCAAGGUGAACCCUCUGCCCGGGUGUGCCACGUUUCCAGACCUUGGCGGGAACAUCUGCGGCUCGUUCAUGAAUAUCCAAGAAAACCUCACAAUAUGAGCAUAAACUUAUAUGGGGAGGUCAUUACAGAUGCCGUUGAUGCCAUUCCUUGUCUGGAGAAAAGAAAAUUCCAUGUUUCUUUUUUGAUUGAUUCAAGAGAUCACCUAGUUUCUGUACAAAGGUUAUUAUUAUCAUCAGAGAUUAAUGUUUUAAUGCUCA